GAAGACGGAAGGGAACUCCAGUCCGCGUUUUCCAUGUGCGCCGGAGUAAUCAGAGAGAAGUGGAUAAUAGUUGUUAGAGCUCUCGCUUUCUCUCUCCUUCUCUCUCUCAUGCCAUGCUGGGCCAGAUAGGCUCAGCCAGACGUGUAUUUACCCAUAUCCGGGUUAGAGAGGAAAAGAAAAAAAGUUUCAUUUAAACCUGAACAAAAAAACUUUCAACAUGAAAUCACACAGCAGGAACAGGCACAGACCGUAAGGCAUUCUUACAAUUUCUAAUCUCCAUCAAGGACUUGGGGAGGGGAGUUUCGGUCUUUUUUUUAAUCGUGUUGUGAGUGCGCGCGCGCGUAUGGAAUGAUCAGCAGGCUUUUUGUUUAACUAAAUUCAUCUAGUUUCCUCAUUGUGAGGCUUUUUGGAUUUUUGCUCCUUUCUUCUUCCCCAACCCCUUGUUUUGCCCAUUUUUCUAGGCUGGGGGGGGAGUUAGUUGAUUUCUCCCCCCUCUUGCAAUGUUGCAAUGAUCAUGGCCGCGCAAGUAGCAGCGGCUCCGGCGGGUACGAACAAGAACAAGGGCAAAACCCCGAGUUUGCCGGGCAACUUAAGCCAGGAUCUCAACUCUGGGGGUCCUGUGGCAGGCACUGUAGGAGUCGCUGGAUCGGGCUCUCUCUUGGGGGUCGUAGAUGGGACUAAUAACACCAGCUUGAAUAAUGUAGAUCACCUUCCCCUCCACCACCAUAAUGAACUGAACAUGGCCAAUAAUGCAACUUCUGCUGCCGCCACCGGUAAUAACAACGUUACCAGCAGCAGCGGCGGCGGUUUUUCCUCGGAAUCGGUUCUGAAAGAAGCUGGAAGCUCAUCGGGCUUAUCUUCUUCCUCCUCUUCUUCCACCCCGACUAUGGAGACAGGGCUGCUCCCCAACCACAAGUUGAAAAGCGUUGGAGGCGAACACCCUGCCGCCGCACCUUCCCACCACCCCCAUGCCCAGCACCAGCACCCGGCUCACCUCCAUGCCCAGCACCCCCAUGUUCACCACCACCACCACCACCACCACCUCCAUGCACUUCAACAACACCAACAGCUAAAUCAAUUCCAGCAACAGCCGCCGCCUCAGCACCAUCCGAUGCAGAAUAACAACGGCGGCGGCAGCAGCAACAACAACGGCGGUGGCGGCGCUGCUCAGCCCAGCAGCGCAGACAUGGAGCAGCAGCAGCAGCAACAUGGAGGAAAAGACAGUGGCUUGGGGGGACAGGCCGAGCCCCAGAGCCAGCCGCAGCCUCAGCCCCUGCUGAAUAAAGGCGGGGACGACGAAGAAGCGACGCCGCCGCCGGCGGACAAAAUGGGCGAGCAGCACCUCAGCAGUCGCUACGACCACACCAGCUUGGGACCUUUGGGCGGGCAACAGCCGCCGCCGCCGCCGCCACCACCUCAGGGACGGCGGAGGCGCCUCCUCAGCGAGCCGGGCCGGGCCUUGCUUUGA